AUGUCCGCCGCCGUCGCUCCUUUUCCCCUCUUUCAUGAAGGGAAUAUAAAGAACUGGUUCCUGCAAAUGGAAGCUAUCUUUACAGUCAGUCUUUUGGUCAGUAAUCCUUCUAAGUUUGGCCACGUGGUGGCGGUUUUGCCACCCGCCAUUGUUGAUGAGGUCUCAGACUUCCUAGAAGCCGUUCCUGAAGACUCCCUCCCAACUCCUUCGUUAUAUGAAAAGCCGACUCGGCAAAAAAAUACCAUGGCUGACUCUAUAUUAAAAAGCUUGUGGCUGGACCGUCUCCCCACCACCAUUACCCAAAUUUUGGCGCCAAUGUCCGAAAACACCUCGAUCGAUCAAUUAGCGGACGCCGCUGAUCGUAUUUUCUCGCAACUGGAUAAUCAGACAAUGCCAGUACACAGUGCUGAAGCGACUAGGGACCACAGCUCCUUGGAAAAAACAGUCGAGGAUUUGCAGCGCCAAGUUAAAGAUUUAACGUUAGCUAUAGAAAGCCAUGGUCGAAGCCGGUUCCCCUCCCGCCGGCGCUUCAGAAGUCGACCACGCUCGUCAAGUCGGAACAAGGAUGCCACUCCUACUAUGUGUUACUACCACCGACGAUUUGGGUCUGCAGCACACUACUGCACCAAGCCGUGUUCCUAUACUGCGGUCGCGGGAAAACAAAACCGCCAGCGAGUGAAAGCGACUAAUCUCGCUGGCAAGGCAUUUUCACCAAAACUUAGUCGCCUCUUCUAUGUGACGGAUACACGUAAUAAUUUACGUUUUUGGUUGACACCGGCGCUGCCAUUAGUGUCUUACCCGUGCGUGAUAAAGCACGUAAACAACCUUUUCAGCUCCGCUUACAAGCAGCAAAUGGUUCCAGACUUACGCCUUAAAAUGGCAAACUUAUGCUAUACACCACCGCGGCACUGCCCGAGUGAUAUCUAUCUACCGCAUCAGCUCAAGGACUGCGAAUUUGUAUUUGUACGUAAUGACUCUGUUAAGCGGCCUCUUACGCCGGCCUACACAGGCCCAUACCGCGUUCUUAAACGCGCGGACAAAUAUUUCCAAAUACAAAAAGGUAUUCACACCGACAACGUUUCAAUAGAUCGGUUGAAACCUGCCUUUAUAGAGAAACCGUCGUCUCAUACUACUUCCCAAUCAACUCCGCAAGUUCAGGAGAAUUUCAAGACACCUGUCUCUCUCGACAAACCUAAGUAUACCAGCUCCGGUCGAAAAGUCACCUUUCCAAAGAAAUUUGAAACAUUCUACUAUUAUUAG